AUAACAGAUAGUGGCCGGACAUAAGAAAUUCGAGUCCUAUAAGAAUGGGUUCGUAAACCUGGCGCUGCCUUUCUUUGGCUUCUCAGAGCCGAUGCCGGUGCCUAAGAACAAGUAUUACGACAAUGAGUGGACUAUUUGGGACCGCUUUGAGGUCCAGGGAGAGCUCACACUCAGAGAAUUCAUUAAAUACUUUGCGGACGAACACAGACUGGAGAUAACGAUGUUAUCGCAGAACGUGUCGAUGUUGUACUCAUUCUUCAUGGCUAAGGAGAAACGCGAAGAACGAAUGGAUCUCAAAAUGUCGGAAAUAGUGAGACGGGUGUCGAAGAAUAAGAUCGAGCCGUGGGUGAAGUCUUUAGUUUUUGAAUUGUGUUGCAAUGACGUGAAUGGCGAGGACGUGGAGGUGCCGUACGUGCGCUACACUCUACCCGAUUAGCUAAUCUCUAUCUUUAAAUUAAAAGCAAAUUAUUUUCAAAUUCUAUUUAUAUUUCGAUUGAAAUCUAAAGACUAUUCAAAUGCGAUCCUUUCUCUCCAUUUAUUAUUAAAACAAAUGAACAAUAAUUGAAAUAAUUUUUCUAAAAGUUUGACCGCUUUUUGAUAAUCACAUCCCUUUCCUCUCAAUUCGAUGUUUUAAUCGACAAUUAUAUGAUAAAUGAUUUUAUAGUCAAUAAUCUGCAAAACAAAUACAACUGAUUAUCCGG